AUGAAAGUUUUAUUAUUUAUUUUUGCUUUAAUUUAUUUAUCGUCAUUUUGCUUAUUAAAUAAUGUUGUUUCUGGUGCCAAUCUAAAAGAGACUUCCAUUGAUAUUUCCGCACAUGUUUUACCAGACAUUUCAAAGUCCCAAUGGGCUUGUUUAAAGAACACCGGUAAUAGUAAGGUCAUUAUUGAAGCCUGGUCUGAAAAUAAUGGUUACAAUCAAGCCCUUAAAGAUGCAUACCAUUUGGCCAUAAGAAACGACUUAAAGGUCGAUGUAUAUGCCUCCUUUUGUCAAAAAAAUUGCGAUAACUCUUCACCAAGUAUUUCCAUGAAGACUUUAAUUUAUAAUUUAAAUAUUGAAAAUAUUAAAUUUGAAAAAUUGUGGAUAGAAAUUGAAAGAUCAAGUAGUGAUCUCAGUAAAGGUGACCAAAGAAGCAAUGCUAAUUUUAUUUUGGAUGCUAUUGAUGUUGCUGAACAAUUAAAUGUUCAAGUCGGUAUUUACUCUUCAAAAAAAGAUUGGGAAAGUGUUGUAGGUUCAUUGUCAUCUCUUCAUAACUACCCAUUAUGGGCUAAACAAUCCAAGAAAUCUGUCAGUUUUGGUGGAUGGACUUAUCCAACAUUAGUCCAAGAUUUCAAAAAUAUUAAACAAUGUGGUGUUUUAGUAAAUAUCAAUUCAAACCAUAUACCAUCAGAUACUUAUCAUACUCCAAAUCACACCAUUAGUCCAAAUCAUACCAUUAGUCCAAAUUCAACUAAUCCACCAAAUAAUGGAUCAUCUGAUUCUUUCUCUUAUGACAGUAACUCAUAUAACUACAACGCUAGCUCUGACUCAUAUAACUAUACCAGCUCUGAUUCUUACAAUUACACCAGCUCUGACUCUUAUAACUAUACAAGCUCUGACUCCUAUAAUUACACAAGCUCUGACUCUUAUAAUUAUACCAGUUCUGACUCUUAUAACUAUACCAGUUCUGAUUCAUACAACUAUACCAGCUCUGACUCUUAUAAUUAUACAAGCUCUGAUUCUUAUAACUAUACCAGCUCUGACUCAUACAACUACACCAGCUCCGACUCUUAUAAUUAUACAAGCUCUGAUUCUUACACCAGCUCUGACUCAUACAACUAUACCAGCUCUGACUCAUAUAAUUACACAAGCUCUGACUCAUAUAACUAUACCAGCUCUGACUCAUAUAACUAUACUAGUUCUGAUUCUUACAACUAUACUAGCUCUGACUCUUAUAACUAUACUAGCUCUGAUUCUUAUAAUUAUACCAGCUCUGACUCAUAUAAUUAUACUAGCUCUGACUCAUAUAACUAUACUAGCUCUGACUCUUAUAAUUAUACUAGCUCUGACUCUUAUAAUUAUACCAGCUCUGACUCAUACAACUAUACUAGCUCUGACUCUUAUAAUUAUACUAGCUCUGACUCAUAUAACUAUACUAGCUCUGACUCAUAUAACUACACAAGCUCUGACUCUUAUAAUUAUACCAGCUCUGACUCAUAUAACUAUACUAGCUCUGACUCUUAUAAUUACACCAGUUCUGACUCCUAUAACUAUACCAGCUCUGACUCAUACAACUAUACCAGCUCUGACUCUUAUAAUUAUACCAGCUCUGACUCUUAUAACUAUACUAGCUCUGACUCCUACAAUUACACCAGCUCUGACUCUUAUAAUUAUACCAGCUCUGACUCUUAUAACUAUACUAGCUCUGACUCUUAUAAUUACACCAGCUCUGACUCUUAUAACUAUACUAGCUCUGACUCUUAUAAUUAUACCAGCUCUGACUCCUAUAACUAUACCAGCUCUGAUUCAUACAACUACACUAGUUCUGACUCUUAUAAUAAUACUAGCUCUGAUUCUUACAACUACACCAGCUCUGAUUCCUCCAAUAGCCCAAAUAUAACAAGUUCUGAAAAUCUCACACCAUCAAACCAAGUUAAAGAAAUAGAUAUCAAUAAUAAUAAUAAAAACAACCACAAUAACAAUAACAAAAAUAAUAGUAAUGGAGGAAAACAACCAAAAGAAAACUAUAACAAAAUAAUCAACAAAAACAGAUCGGGCAAAAAUAGAAAUUAA